AUGAAGCUCCUGCUGCUGAGUAUGGGUUUGGCUCUGGUCUAUGGCCUCCAAUCCCAUAGCAGAUCAGAGGAAGACCUGUCAGAUGAAAUUGAGCAAAAUUGGGAACAGCUUUCUGGACACUGGCACACUGUUGGAUUGGCCUCAAGUAACAGGUCUCUAAUUGAAGAGGAAGGUCCCUUUAGGAAUUUUAUUCAAAAUAUCACUGUAGAGCAUGGUAACCUCAAUGGAAUCUUCUUGACAAGAAAAAAUGGCCAGUGCAUUCUUUUGUCCCUUAUUGCUCUUAAGACUGAGAAAGCAGGUUGUUUUAAGUUGAACUAUUAUGGAACUAAUAAAAUCUACUAUGAAAGCUCUAAGUCAGAUGAAUAUGUCAUAUUUAUCUUGUAUAACCACCACAAAGGGAAUAUGAACAUAGUGGCAAACCUCUUUGGCCGGACUCCAGACCUGUCAGAUGAAAUAAAGAAGAAAUUUGAGAAAAUGUGUGAAAACCAUGGAAUUAGGAAGGAUGAAAUUUUGGACCUGACCAAAGAUGCUUCUACUUCCUACCAAGAAUCGUUAGUAUGGAUUAUGAGAAUUUCUACUGGAUUUUUGUUCUUUCCUCCCACCUGA